AUGUCGAAAACUAAUUCCAUAGUGGACACAGAACCAGUCAAUACAAAAGCCAUAUUAGAUGAGAAAAGCAAAAAUAUGAACAAGCUACAUGAGGGUACUAGAUUAAAACGUAAUUUCUCAUUGAAAUAUUCUGAAAAAUUCGUACAAACAAUUAUACUACUGCUCACAGUUUAUAUGGUUGGUGUCAAAUUCAACACUAUAAGCACAUACAAUGACAUUUUCACCACUGUUACGAAACUUUUUGUAUUCUUUUUUGCACAAAUAUUUAAGAAUUUUUCCAUUGAAGAAGGUAUUGACACAUUACCUCCUUUUGAAAUCAUAUAUUCAUUUUACUUACCAUUUAUGCUUUCACUACUACUCGAUGAGAAUCUAGUCUAUAUCAAUACGAUACUAUCUUUCAAUGUCAUAGAAAAUGUUAAUUAUGUGACAAGAUUUUUGUUGCAGGCUUUACUGAUUCUCUUUUUAAAGAGCGAUCCGAUUGAAUCAAUAGCUGCAAUCUUUAUAAACAUGGGAUUUGCUUGGUUUUUAGAAAAAAUUGGCGAAUUAAAAAGUUUAGAUAAUAUUGAUUGUAACCUAUUUAGUAUCCUUCUGACGAAUAUUUUAUUUUUGAUUGGUUGUCCUGAUUCAAUCCCUUUCCAAAUUUUGAAGGGCACUGUCAUUGCAUUUUUGAUAACUAUAACAAUCAAUUACUGGAUCUCAUUCCCAUUGAAAAAAUAUGUUAAAAACCAACAUUUGAAAUCAAUGGCCCUAUUGUCUAAUUUUGUGAUAACAUUCCCAUUCUUAACUGAUAUGAUUAUAAUUCUACCAAAUUCUGCCAAAGAACAACCAGUAAAAUGGCUCUUUAAUUACAUUUUCGAAUCUAGAUGUCGCCAAAUUAUCUUACUAACUUGGCUCUCCUUUCUACUAAUUUUAAUACCCAAUAUAUUAAUGUUUCACUCAAAUUUCUCAUUGAAUACUUCGCGUAAGGUUUGGCAUUUCAUAAUCCUACUGUUGAUUUUGAAACCAUUCAAAAUUGAUCAACAAUUCAUCAAAAUUGCAUUGUCAGGAACUAUCCCACUCUUUCUAUCAGUAGAAUAUUUGAGGUAUUUAAAAUUGGAACCAAUCGGUAAAUAUUUAGAUUCUAGACUAAGAUCAUUUUCAGAUUUUAGAGACGAUAAAGGACCCAUUAUUAUCUCCUAUAUUUAUCUAAUAAUUGGUAUAUCUUUCCCACUUCUUGUUGCAAAUUCGCCAGUAGGUUUGAUUAGUUUAGGUAUUGGAGAUUCAAUGGCAUCUAUCAUUGGUGGUAGAUACGGAAAAUUAAAAUGGAAAGGAACAUCUAAGACUGUAGAAGGUACCAUAGCCUUUGUUCUUUCUACUUCAUGUGUAUCUGCUAUUGCCAAGUAUUACAUGAACUAUUUUGAAGAUUUAUCCUGGAUCGGUGUCUUCACACUUUGUCUAUUGUCAGGUCUUUUAGAGGGCAAUAGUAUUCUUAAUGACAAUAUUAUGAUUCCUGCAUUCAUGUUAAUAUGUGAAAAAUUAUUGAUAACUAGUUAA